GCUGAGGAGGAUAAGCACAAGACAGCCUUUGUAACACCAAUGGGAUUUUGGGAAUUCAAUCGCAUGCCCCAGGGUGUGACCAAUGCUCCCAGUACUUUUCAACGUGUGAUGGAGAAGUGCAUGGGCAGCAUGAACCUUAGGGAAGUUCUAGUGUUCUUAGACGACCUCAUUGUCUUCUCUAACACCCUUGAGGAGCAUGAAGAACGUCUAAUGAGUGUCCUCGGCAAACUGAGAGAAUUCGGACUUAAGCUCACACCCGAGAAGUGUCAGUUUUUCAAAACAUCUGUCAAGUACCUUUGGCACGUUGUGUCAGAGAAAGGAGUGGAGACAGACCCAGCAAAGAUAGCUGCUCUGACAACAUGGCCGAAACCCAAGAACAUGCAAGAGCUAAAAUCAUUUUUGGGGUUUGCGGGAUACUAUCAGAGAUUCAUUAGAGAUUAUUCCAAGAUAGCAAGACCCCUAAAUGAUCUGACAGCAGGCUUCAUACCGUCUAAGAAGUCUGGUAGGGGAAAUCCAAAGAACACCCCUGUUGUUGAUUCAAAGAAACCAUUUGCGGAAAAAUGGACUUCAAAAUGUGAUGAAGCAUUUAACAUGCUGAUUCACAAACUCACGACCGCCCCAGUCUUAGGCUUUGCAGAUCCUAAAAAGCCUUAUAUUUUGCAUACUUAUGCAAGUUUGCAUGGAUUAGGGGCAGCUCUUUAUCAGGAGCAAGAUGGUCAACUGAGGGUGAUAGCAUAUGCUAGCCGAGGGCUAUCCAACUGUGAAAAGCGCUAUCCCACCCAUAAUCUAGAGUUCCUUGCUCUUAAGUGGUCUGUGACAGAUAAAUUCUUUGACUACCUUUAUGGAGCAAAAUUCACAGUAGUAACUGACAACAACCCAUUGACAUAUGUACUGACGACCGCCAAACUGGACGCUGCAGGGCAUCGAUGGUUGGCUGGUCUUUCGACUUUUGAUUUCCAGUUACAGUACAGGGCUGGAAAGAAAAAUCAAGAUGCAGACGGCCUUUCGAGGCGGCCUCAUCUCCAAAGUGGGACAGACCAUACUUCUGAGGACGAGGACAAGCAAAUAAAGCGGUUCGUGUCCCGGGUUGUUCAGGAGAAAGAGGAACCAGGAGUCUCAGCAGACAUUGUAAAAAUCAUCUGCCAGAGGCACCUCACUCAGCAAACAUGCAACACCGACCAUGAGUUUCCUUUUGUAUCGACCCCAGUCGAAUGUCUAGCUAUUGGCGAUGGUGUCAUCCCACCAGAGUACUGCCAUGCUGAUUUGAUACCAGGGUCAUGCACAUUACCCCGCCUGUCCCAGCAAGACUGGGCCCUUGAGCAAAAGAAGGAUCCUGCCAUUGGCCGGGUCAUCUCUUUGCUGAAAGGGGGGAGGCGACUUUCAUACAGAAUGUGACUGCGUGAGGAUAGAGAGGUUCAACUCAUGCUACGUCUUUGGAGCCAGCUGGUUCUAAACAGUGAAGUGCUCUACAGAAAGCGGAUGGUGAAUGGAGAGGUUACUUACCAACUUGUCUUACCACAGAGCUACAGGAAUGUGGCUCUAGAAAGCCUCCAUGAUGCCACUGGCCACAUGGGAGUUGAUCGCACUAUGGACUUGGUGCGCAAUCGCUUUUAUUGGCCACACAUGGCGGCAGAUAUUGACAACAAAGUUCGAACCUGUGAGCGCUGCAUUUGGCAAAAGGCCAGAGCUGAACGCAGUGCUCCUCUUGUAAACAUUCAGACAAACAGACCACUGGAAUUGGUCUGUAUUGACUAUUUGUCCUUAGAGCCAGAUGGACGAGGUACUAAGAAUAUACUCGUUAUGACAGACCAUUUCACUAAGUAUGCUGUGGCUGUCCCAACACCUGACCAGAAGGCGACAACUGUCGCAAAGGCAUUGUGGAACAACUUCUUUGUCCAUUAUGGUUUCCCUGAGCGGUUGCAUAGUGACCAGGGGAGGGAUUUUGAAUCCACUCUCAUAAAGGAGCUGUGUAGCCUGCUUGGGAUAAAGAAAUCCCGAACGACACCGUAUCAUCCACGUGGCAACCCUGUGGAGAGAUUUAACAGGACUCUUCUAGCCAUGUUAGGUACGCUUCAGGAAGAGAACAAAGUUAAAUGGAAGGACUUUGUGCAACCAUUAGUGCAUACUUACAACUGCACCAAGCAUGACACUACUGGGUAUUCCCCAUAUCAGCUCAUGUUUGGGAGACAACCCAACCUACCUAUUGACAUUGCUUUUGGUCUGACCCCUGUUGGACAAGGGAAAGUGUCUCACACUGAGUAUGUCAAGAAUCUCAGAGAAACUCUAACAGAGAGCUACAAGAUUGCAGCUGAUCACAGUGCACAAAGUGCUUUUCACAAUAAACAGCGCUUUGACAAGAGAGUCAGAGAGUCAAAGCUGGAGGCUGGAGAUCGUGUCUUUGUGAGAAACGUUGGGAUCCGUGGGAAACACAAAAUAGCCAACAAAUGGAGUGAGACCAUUUACAAGGUCGUGAAGCAAGUGCGAGAUCUACCGGUCUAUGUCGUUGCACCUUGCGACUCCGAUGGGCCAGAAAGAGUGCUGCACAGGGAUUUGUUGCUACCCUGCGGUUUUCUGCCCCCUACAGUUGUAGAGCAGGGACCCAGCCAAACCAGAGCCAAAUGUGGUUCAAAAGGGUCCGAGCCCGACAGUCCAGCUAAGGGGAGCAGAUCUGACAGAAAUGAUGAUGAAAACACUGUGUUAUCAGAAAGUGAUGAUGAAGAGGAUGGUGUUGAGUAUUAUUAUCCACGCUUCACAGCUACCAGUGCUAGAAAUGCUACCGGUAAUGAAGGAGACAUGGAUAAUACAGUUCAUAAUGCACCUGAACCUGGACCAAGUUCCAGUGUUGAAGCCAGUCCCACAAAGGAAAGUGAUGAAGUUGUAAAGGAUUCUUCAUGGCAAAGAAACAGCCCAACUGUGCCUGAUAGUGUUGCACCACAGAAUCCAGCACCAGAAAUUGAGGUUGAGGAAUCAGUGGAGAAAUCUACUCUUGACCCAGAAGCACUGACCUUUCAACCACAAGAGUCGAAGAAGAGACAUGAGAUCACAGCCCUUGAAGCUGAGACAACACCAGAGGCUGUUGAACCUGGAAACCCAGGUGUGGAUGAAAUAAUUAAGAAGUCUCAGACUCCUGAUGUGGAUGAGGCUCAUGGAGUGGAAGGAAAUGCAGAAAAAGUGGAAUUGAGGAAAUCUACUCGAGAAAGAACCCUUCCUAAAAGACUGACAUAUCCAUCAUUAGGGAAUCCUCUGGUGGUAGUCAUGCAGUCCUUGCUAAGUGGUUUAGAUCAAGCUCUUACUGAAGCACUUACUGUUGAUACUGGACUACAUAUUUGUCAAUUUCAACCUGAAAUGUCUGAGAUUGUGUAGAAUUUUGAGCAUGCAGGGACGCAUGCAAGGUCAGAGGGGGAGGAUGUAACCCCCAUGAGUUUUACAGAGAAAAAACCAUUGGAUUUAAUGUAUGUUUUAUUUUUUUGCAAUUCCUUGAAAUGUCCCACAGAGGGCGCUAGGUGCCUAUGUGGUGAUCCAAACCUACCAUGGGGUCAGAGAAGAAAGAGGAGGAAGGAAAAAAAAGCGAGACACCAUGCAAAGAAGCCAACGUGGUUCGGCUCUAGCAACCUAGCUUAGCCAAAAACGUAAUCGAGUUGCUUCUUUAAUGUUGAAUUUAAGGUUUUGUUAAGUGUAACAACCGUGUUUGGAUUUUUGUUGUUUGUGAGGGAGGAAUUCGGAGGACCCGAGUUUGAUGUGAUUGGUCGGGAUUUUCUCCGGUUGGUUUUAUGACUACGGUCGGAUUCUGAGAGAGGACGACUGCAGAUCCACUGCGAGCAGGAGGCACAACAGUGGUCGUUGCAGCGGUGCGGAGGAGUGAAGGAUUGGUUCCAUGGAUUUGGAUGCACACGAUUCUCCACUGGAUAACAGAUAAGCUUAAGCAGACAACCAAUAGGGGGCCCCUAAUUGAACUAAAACUGCGCAGUUGACUGACAGACAUUUUGACCUUACUGAACUUAAACCAAACGGUUGACUGAAACACUUUUGACUGAACUGAACUAAACAUUUCAAGUGAAGAAACUUUAAACUGUUGCUUCCAUCAGGGAAGAUAAAAAGACCCUGAUAAACUUAAGGAUUUUUACUACCCGGGUAGAAAUUUAAAGAGAAGGGUGGACAAUUUUAUUUAUCUAUUUUUUUAUUUUGGUUAUUAUUCCACAAGAGCUGUCAACAGAAAGGGACAAUCCCUAAGUGUAUUUGUGUUAUUGGAAACAAACAGAAGAGAAAUGUGAA